GUUCUGAGCAGAUGAGCUUGGUACAGCUCAUCGUGCCUACUGAGGUCGCGCAUGAUGCUGUUUACGAGUUGGGUGAGCUGGGUAAUGUCCAGUUCAAAGACUUGAACCCGGAGGUCAAUACAUUCCAACGUUCAUACGUUGCCGAGAUUCGUCGCAUCGACGAAAUGGCUCGACGCGUUCGUUUCUUCAAGACACAAAUUGAGAAGGAGAAGGAUCCCAUACGUGUCAGGCCGCUUUACGAGUCAGCUUUGUCAAUGAUCACUGUUGGCCCUCGUGGUCCCCAGACCAUCGACGACCUUGAUGUCCAGCUGGCUGAGCACGAGAAGAGGCUUACGCAGAUGAAUGACAGUUAUGAGACGCUUAGCGAGCGUUUAAGGGAACUCAUCGAAGCGAGGCAUGUUCUCCGUGAAACAGCUGUUUUCUUCCAGAGGGCUGAGGGUCACCAGAGUGAGAUACGCACGUCUUUUGACGAGAGUGCCGCUCCGUUGUUGCAACACGACGAUACCGAGAGUCAGCUUCCUGCGGGACAAUACGCAGCAGGAGGUUUUGACUUGGAGUUCGUCUCAGGAACGAUUGAGCGUUCUCGUCUCCCCACCCUCGAGCGAGUCUUAUGGCGUGUCUUGCGUGGCAAUCUUUAUAUGAACCAUGCAAACAUUGACGAACCUUUCAUCAAUCCCGUCUCAGGAGAAGAAACACGCAAAAAUGUCUUCAUCAUUUUCGCGCACGGUGAAGCGUUGCUGGCGAAGAUCCGCAAGGUAGCCGAGUCAAUGGGUGCAACGCUCUACCCGAUCGAUGCGAAUGCCGACAAGCGCGAAGAAGCGCUUCGGGAUGUUAAUACACGCCUCGAGGACCUCUCGACUGCAUUGUACAAUACUGGCCAUAACAGACGUAUUGAACUCAAUGCCAUCGGUGAUUGUGUUUCAAAAUGGGAGGAUGUGGUUCGCAAGGAGAAAAUGAUUUAUGAGACGUUGAACUUGUUCAACUAUGAUGUCCGCCGCAAGACUUUGCUCGCGGAAGGGUGGGUUCCGACGAGAGACAUUGUCAUAGUCCAAGAAGCUUUGCGUCAUGCUACUGAGGAGUCUGGGACGAACGUUCCUCCUAUCCUGCACGAACUUCGUACCAAUAAGAAUCCUCCGACCUUCGUUCGGACAAACAAGUUCACAGAAGGAUUCCAAGCAAUCAUGGACAGCUACGGGAUUGCAACUUACCAAGAAGCUAACCCAGGGCUGUUCGCUGUCAUUACGUUCCCUUUCUUGUUUGCGGUUAUGUUCGGUGAUAUUGGCCACGGAGCGAUCAUUUUCGUCUCCGCCCUGUUCAUGAUCUCGAUGGAAAACAAGCUAAAGCAUGUUGAUCUCGGAGAAAUGGCUGGAAUGCCGUUCUUUGGACGGUAUAUCAUUCUGCUCAUGGGCGCCUUUUCCGUUUAUACUGGCUUAAUGUACAACGACAUCUUCUCAAAGUCGUUGCACAUCUGGCACUCUGGAUGGGAUUGGGUCGGAUCGGAGGAUUCCCAGGAAGGCGUUUCUAAUGGACAUGUCUAUCCUUUCGGACUGGAUCCAGCCUGGCAUGACGCCGACAAUGCGUUGGUUUUCACCAACUCAUACAAGAUGAAGAUGUCGAUAGUACUUGGUGUUAUCCAUAUGACGUUCGCUCUUUGUUUGCAGGUUCCGAAUCACCUUCGUUUCAACAGAAUCUCGGAUAUUUAUACAAACUUCAUCCCACAAAUGAUCUUCCUUCAAUCCAUCUUUGGUUACCUCGUCAUCUGCAUUAUCUAUAAAUGGAGCAUUGACUGGUCCACGGCGUCGAUUCAGCCGCCGUCGCUACUGAACAUGAUCAUCAACAUGUUCCUUUCUCCCGGAACUGUCGACCCGAAAGAACAACUUUACAGGGGUCAAGCAACGGUUCAGGUGAUUUUGUUGGGAUUGGCAGCAAUUUGUGUACCGUGGCUACUCAUAGCAAAGCCGUAUCUUGAAUGGAAGGAGAUGAACAAGAUACACAAGCAGGGUUACGUUGGUCUUAACCAUGCGGAUGACGCGCCGAGGAUGAGUGGAGACUUGGAAGGUGAGGAAGAAGGUAAUGGCCGCGCUGUUGCUGAGGCUAUGGAAGAAUCUGUAGAGGAACACGACUUCAGUGAGAUAAUCGUGCACCAGGUCAUCCAUACGAUCGAGUUCUGCCUCGGCUGUAUUUCCCAUACAGCAUCAUAUCUACGUCUUUGGGCUCUUUCCCUGGCUCAUGCGCAGCUGUCCGAAGUGCUAUGGUCGAUGACUAUUGAAAUUGCACUAGGGUGGAGCGGGCUAUUUGGCACGAUAGGAUUAGUCAUAAUUGGCCUCAUGUGGUUCAGCUUGACUGUCUUUAUUCUUUGUGUGAUGGAGGGCUUGUCUGCAUUCCUGCACGCACUGCGUCUUCAUUGGGUAGAAGCGAACAGCAAGCACUACGAGGGCGGUGGAUAUCCGUUUACACCGCUCAAGUUCUCGGAGACAACGUGACGAAGGGGCGGUAUCGUGAGACGCGUGCAGUCUGGUUUAGCGUACAUUUUAUUUAUUUAGACAGACGGACAGUUUGUUCGGAACUCUUUGAAAUUGCAGAUGCUGGCGUUGUUUUCUUUGUUUGCUUCGCUGCGAUGUGGCGAGCGGUACGAUAGAGUUCUGUGGGAGAGGAGGUACCCCGCAUUUUUAGCGAGAUAGGAACAGGGUUCGGUGAUGCUGUUUCUGAUCUUGUUUGACGUUUCAUGCAUGCGUUUCGAGCGUUGCUUUAUGCGUUUUUUUGUUUAUUCGGUGACUGGGUUACCCAUUUCCGGGCACCGACAUCGACGCUGCACUGAGUCAGUUGCGCAUAUACCGGCAGUAAGAUGGUGCUCGGCGUGAAUAGUAGAGAGGUCGGCCACAAGGCUUGGAGUAGACGGACGGACGGAGAGCAGAGCCGAGAUUAGCAACAGCCUUGACUACCCAAUCGAGCGAAUGUAAUUAGUAAUUGAAACUCCGCUGUUGCUUGCAUAUAUAGCACCGAAAAACUUAUCGACGCUCCUCACUUUCCCCUUUCUCUACACGCAUAGACGGCCUCGGCCUUAUAGACCGCUUUAGAGUGUCUCUUUGUUUCUUGUCCUUGCAAGCCUUACAGACGACAUUAGACUAAAGCUCACCCUAGUCGCUCUUAUCUCAACUACUUAGAUAGAUAGAUUUCGAAAUGCCCGCGACGUCUGUUGCCACUCCUGCUUCGAUCCCUUCGCCCGCUGACUUGAAGGCCGCCAUGGUAUCUGACAGCAAAGUCGACCUAUCCGCUGUCUUCGUUGCCGACAAGGCUGUUAGCGAAGCCGCGACCGCCAACCUUGUUGCGCUCGCCCAAAAAGAAGGCCCCUCCGCCGUCGCUGCGUCGGGAUUCGCCGAUGCUGCCAUCAAGGCGCUCGCCGACAAAAAGAGCCCUGCUGCGCGCGAGGGUGCCGCUAAGACCGUUUCAACUAUCAUCUCUCAGGGUGCCGUCAAGACGCUCGAGCCGAUUUUCGUCAGCUCGGGACUAUCUGCUGCACUCAUUGAGACUUUCGCCGACAAGAUGCCCGCUGUCCGGACAGCCGCUGUCGACGCGGUGAAGGCAUACGUUGCUGCUAUGAACCCAUGGGCUACCGUCACCGUAUUGCCUGCACUUCUUCAUCAGAUCAAAACUGCCGGCAAAUGGCAGAUCAAGACCGGCGCUCUGACCGUCCUCAACCAGCUCAUCGUUAGCGCUCCGGAGCAGACCGCCAAGUCUAUGCCUGACAUCGUCCCUGUCCUCUCUGAGGUCAUUUGGGACACCAAGGCCGACGUGAAGAAGGCUGCGCGCGAUACGCUCACUAAGGCCACUGCAUUGAUUUCCAACAAGGACAUAGAACGCUUUAUUCCGGCCCUAAUAUCAGCUCUAAUUAAUCCGGUCGAGGAGGUGCCCAGCACCAUCCAACUCCUCGCCGCCACCACAUUCGUUUCUGAAGUAGACUCCCCUACUCUCUCCCUAAUGGUCCCGCUUCUCUCCCGUGGUCUUAAUGAGAAGCUCACUGCUACGAAGCGAAAGGUCGCCGUUAUCAUCGACAACAUGGCGAAGCUCGUUGACUCUGCGACGACUGUCCGACCCUUCCUGCCGAAGCUUCUCCCGGGUCUGAUCAAGAUCAAGGACACCAUCGGUGACCCUGAGGCUCGUGGCGUCGUCGAGCGUGCGAUUGCUACGCUCCGCCAGGUUGGCGAAGUCCCAACGGGUGACGGUACCGACCUUCCGCCACUCAAGUUCGCUGAACCAGCUGGCCUCACGUCUUCCCUUGUCUCCAUCUACAAGAAGCUUGGUGCUUCUCCGGUGCCUUCUGCCUCCGAUGUCACCGUUCAGUACAUUGGUGCACUCGCUGCAGCGCUUAUUAACCUGAAGAACUUCGACAACGCUCAAUGGCAAUCGCUUACCCCUUACCUUGCCUACGUCGCGAAGUCGCCUGAGGCAGAGAAGGUCGCGGCUGAAUAUAUGCUCAAGUCAUCUGCCGCUGACAAUGAGGAAGACAAUGACAAUGAAGAUGAAGAGGAGGGCGAAGAUCUUUGCAACUGCACGUUCUCCCUUGCAUAUGGUGCGAAGAUCCUGCUCAACACAGCUACCCUCCGGCUCAAGCGUGGCCACCGCUACGGUCUUUGCGGUAAGAACGGUACCGGAAAGUCGACACUCAUGCGCGCGAUUACAAACGGCCAGGUCGAGGGUUUCCCGUCACCCGACGAGGUCCGCACGUUCUACGUCGAGCACGACAUCGACGGCAGUGAGGCUGACACCACUGUUCUCCAGUGGGUUGUUGCCGAUAAGCGCAUCCAGGCAACGGAGAAGGAGAUUAUUGAUGCGCUCGUCUCUGUUGGCUUCUCCGACGAGAGGCAGGGCCAGGCCAUUGGCAGUCUGUCUGGUGGUUGGAAGAUGAAGUUGGCUCUUGCUCGUGCUAUGCUCUUCAAGGCCGAUAUCCUCUUGCUCGAUGAGCCGACUAACCAUUUGGACGUUGUCAACGUCGCAUGGCUUGAGGCUUACCUCACUGGACUCACGAACUGCACGUCAAUCAUCGUGUCGCACGAUUCCGGCUUUUUGAACAACACGAUCACGGACGUUCUGCACUUGAACCGCUUCAAGCUCAGGCGCUACAGGGGAAACCUUGAAGCGUUUGUCAAGGUCGUGCCUGAAGCCAAAUCAUACUACACGCUCGAGGCAGCUGAGGACUACAAAUUCAAGCUGCCUGACCCCCCACUUCUUGAAGGUGUUAAGACCAAGGACAGGGCACUUCUUAAGAUGCGCAAGGUUGGAUUCCAGUAUCCUGGAACGGCCACGCAGCAGCUCCACGACAUCACACUCCAAGUCUCGCUCAACUCCCGUGUUGCUAUCCUUGGUCCUAACGGUUCCGGAAAGUCGACACUUGUCAAGCUUUUGGUCGGCGACACUGAACCGAACUGUGGUGGUGAGGUUUGGAAGCACCCGAACUUGGUUAUUGGUUACGUUGCACAGCACGCAUUCCACCACAUCGAUAAUCAUCUCGACAAGACGCCUCUCGAAUAUAUGCUGUGGCGUUACCAAACGGGUGAGGACUUGGAGGAAAUGGGCAAAGCCGCGCGUCAGGUCACUGAAGAGGAGCAGCAGAAGAUGAAGGAUGGCUCUCUCUUUGUCGUCGAAGGCCAGAAACGUACCCUCGAAGAGAUCAUCGCGCGCAAGAAGCUCAAGCAGUCAUACGAGUACGAGAUUUCUUUCAAGGGCCUUUCCUCGUCUGAGAACAUCUGGGUCCCUCGUGAUGAGCUCGUCAAGCGUGGUUUCGAGAAGAAGGUCCUCGAAGUCGACACCCGUGAGGCUCAGCGCCUCGGUCUUCUCCGUCCGCUCGUCCGUCGCGAGAUCGAGAAGCACUUCGCAGACUUCGGCCUUGAGGCUGAGUUUGUGUCGCACAACACCAUGCGUGGUCUCUCGGGUGGUCAAAAGGUUAAGAUUGUUCUUGGUGCCGCAACAUGGCGCCGGCCGCACAUCAUCUGUUUGGAUGAGCCGACGAACUAUCUCGACCGUGAGUCAUUGGCUGCUCUUAUUGAGGCACUCAAGGUGUACGAGGGAGGUGUGCUCAUCAUCACUCACAACCGUGACUUCUCCGAGUCACUUUGCAAAGAAGUGUGGGCCAUGCGGGACGGUACCCUUGAGGCGUCCGGCCACAACUGGGUACAAGGCCAGGGCGCUGGACCGCGGAUUGACAAGGGUAACGGACCAGAGGAGGAUGAAUACGAUGCGAUGGGCAACAAGAUUAACAAGGAAGCGCAGAAGAAGAAGCUAUCUGCGAACGAAGCACGUAAGGCGAAGAAGGACCGGAUGGCACGCAAGAAACGAGGAGAGGACGUUGACGAUCUCGACUAUUGAAGCACGAGUUUUAAUGGUUGUUCAUGAUGUUGCCUUUGUAGGAUUUCGUCUUUGUCCGUUGUCGUUCUAUCACCCUUGUUUGUUGUUGUCAUACCCUCUAUGUGCUGUCCUAUGUUCGUCUGUGGUUCUAGAUUAUUUCUUCUGUGAUUACAUAUGCGAUGUACUGUCUACAUAUUAUGCCUCCUUAAUGCCAUCGCCCGUAUGGGGUUUCUAUCUUCAAGAAUCAUAUGCCAACUCGUGGGAAGUAGAUACCGUUCUCAGCCAGCAGCUAAUAUAAAUGUGUCAACUGGUUAGCUACCUGCUGAGCCCGCGAAUACGCCGCAUACCCGCUACUCUCCUUCCGCCAAGUCACAAAGCAACCCAGUCGCAUCUCCUGCACAAUGGAUGAAAAACUCAGAAUUGCGUUCAUCCACCCAGAUCUUGGAAUAGGUGGUGCUGAGCGGCUCGUCGUCGAUGCUGCCCUGGGCUUGCAGAACUUGGGUCAUUCAGUGGAUAUCUAUACAAGUCAUCACGAUACUAAACAUUGUUUCGAGGAGACGAGGGACGGAAUCCUCCGUGUACAUCACAUAAAAUCUCCCUUCCCUCGCGCAUACAAGGGGAAACUCCAUAUCUUCUUCGCACACUUGCGUCAACUCCACCUCACAUCUUACCUCCUUCGUUCAGGCGAAGCAGAGACGUACGAUGUGUUCUUCGUAGACCAACUCUCAACUUGUGUCCCGCUUUUACGAAUGUUUGCGAGGAGACGCGUGGUGUUUUAUUGUCAUUUUCCUGAUAAGUUGCUUGCGGAUGGGGAGUUGCAGCUUGAUGGUGAUGGGAAGAUUGGGAGGAGGAGGAAGGGUGGAAUUUUGAAGAGGGUGUAUAGGAUGCCGAUGGAUUGGCUUGAGGAGAUUACUACUGGAAACGCCGACAUCUUACUGGCAAACUCAGAAUUCACCUCAAACGUAUUCAACACAUUCUUCUCAAUUCCUCGAAAACCGCGAGUAGUAUACCCAGGGAUCAACCUCGCAGCUUACACACCUCCAUCAAAAGAAAACUCCGAUAGUAGUCCAGAGAUUCAAGAAAUCAGCUCGUAAGUAACUUCAACUACACCUUUCUAAUUUGGUUAUAUUGGAUUUGAGUUUUCUGAGUUCGAUGGGUGAAAGAAUAGGAAUCGUCCGACGUUGCUUUCGUUAAAUCGAUUUGAGAAAAAGAAGAAUGCUGCGCUUGCGUUGAAGGCUUUUGCGUUGUUGAAGCAGGAUAUGCCGACUAACACGUUCUCGGAAGAACCUUUGCGUCUCGUUCUUGCUGGCGGGUACGACCCAAGACUACAAGAUAACAUCGAAACACUGCAAGAACUCCUAGCCCUCGCAACGUCCUCCAACCUAACCUACCACCUCUCAACGCCCACCACCUCCCUCCUCCGCACACUUCCAUCUCCAACAUCUCCUACCAUACAAAACGCAGAUAUCCUUUUCCUACUCAACUUCACGACUCCACAACGUGCCGCCUUACUCACCGCACCAUCCACACUCGUACUUCUUUACACACCCGCGAACGAGCAUUUCGGUAUCGGUCCCGUAGAGGGUAUGGCUUGUGGUCUUCCGGUACUCGCAUGCAACAGCGGCGGACCAACCGAGAGCGUCCU